GACAUAACCUCACAUUUUUUCACGUGGUUGUUGUCAAAAUUGUGUUAGUAUACACGAUUUAAAGAGCUUGUGUAAAAUUUUUAUAUUUCUUUCGAAAAUAUAUAAUAAAUUUUUAUUGUGAAUGCACAGAAUUAUAGUUAUUGAAAAUAAGUGAUAUUUAUCUUGUACGUAAUAUUGAUUUAAACGAAAUCAAGUGAAAAUUUAAUUGUUGUAAACAUGGGGAAGUUAAAUGUCACGAUGUUAAGGUAUUUAAAUAAAGAUGACUUUCGAGUAUUAACAGCGAUUGAAAUGGGAAUGAAGAAUCACGAAUUAGUGCCAGCUUCUCUUGCUGCACAAAUUGCAAACUUACGCCAUGGCGGUGUACACAAACUUUUGCAGGAACUUUGCAAACAUCGUUUAUUGAGUUACGAGCGAGGAAAACACUAUGAUGGAUAUCGUUUGACAAACGCUGGUUAUGAUUAUUUGGCAUUAAAAGUUCUUACUGCGCGUGGUGUUGUUGCAUCAUUUGGCAGUCAAAUUGGUGUUGGAAAGGAAUCGAAUAUUUACGUUGUUGCCGAUGACGAUGGGAAUCCAUUGGUUUUAAAAUUACAUCGUCUUGGUAGAACGUGUUUCAGAAAUAUUAAAGGUAAACGUGAUUAUUUUCAACAUAGACGAUCGUCGUCGUGGCUUUAUCUUUCACGAAUAUCGGCAACUCGAGAAUUUGCUUAUAUGAAAGCACUGGAGGAUAGAGAUUUUCCCGUUGCUAAACCAAUUGAUUUUAAUAGGCAUUGCGUUAUUAUGGAAUUAGUCGAUGGUGGACCAUUAUGUAAUGUACAUGAAGUAGAAGAUGUUGAAGCUUUAUACGAUGAUUUAAUGAACUUAAUUGUGAGAUUAGGAAAUUAUGGUGUGAUACAUGGAGAUUUUAAUGAGUUUAACAUUAUGAUUACAAAUGAUGGAAAACCGAUUGUUAUUGAUUUUCCUCAAAUGGUGUCCACCGAGCAUAUUAAUGCCGAACUCUAUUUUGAUCGUGAUGUAAAUUGUAUAAGAGAUUUUUUCAAAAGACGAUUUGGCUACGAAAGCGAAAUGUUUCCCACUUUUAAUGAUCUCACUCGAGAAGAUUGCAUGGACGUGGAAAUAAAAGCAAGUGGCCUUACGAGGCAAAUGGAGAAGGAUUUGCUUGUUGAAAUGGGAAUGGAUAAUGAAAAGUCCGUUAACAGUGAUGAUGAUAAUGAUGAUAAUGAAGAGGAAAAUAAAAACGAUGAUGAUGAUGAUAAAGAUGAAAAAUUCGAAGACGCAGUAUCAAACCAAGAUACUGAUGAUAUCGAUCAACUGAGAUUGGAAGUCGAUAAAUUAUGUGAAGCAGGUUUUGCCACUAAUUCUCAAAAUAAAACCGAUUCCACUUUAAAAGCAAAUUGUUUUGAAACUAGCGAGAAGCAAUUUUCUGAACUUUCAAUUGAAUCGAAAAAGAAUGAUGAUAUCGAAAAUAAUUCUAGUUCCGAUGAGACGGACGAUGUUCCUGAAUUGGUGUCAGGAAAUAAAAUGAUUCAUCCUGAUGAGGAUGGUGAUUUCAGUGAAAAUAAAAGUGUAAGAAGUUACACAUCAACAUCGACAAUUGAUCCAAGUGUAAUUAAAAGAAGAACAAAAGCUGCUUUAGAGAGAAAAAGUAAAAAAGGUUCUUGUCGAAGAGUAUUGGUGAAAGGUGAAGCGAGUGCAACAUCGAGAAGUCGACGAGAAAGCAGAGACACUAUCAAACAGUCCACAGGAAUUUGGGGCUGGGAAUAAGUUAUUUCUUCUAUUUUUUUUUUUUUAUUUCGUUUUGUUUUUUCUUUAUUUUAGAUUACGGGGAAUAUGUUAUUAUUAAUUAUUAUUAAUAAAAGAACGUUUUUUUUGAAAAUAAA